AUGCGCAGACUGUAUGCAGCCCUGGUCGCGGCUAAGGACCAAAACUUGGAACCACACAACAACUCGGGACCGGUGGCUGACAAUGGUAAAGGAGAAAUGAUUGGUAUCAGAAUAUUCUCUGAUAACUAUUUCCAGGCAUCUCAAGUCGCCACGUCGUCAUCGACAGCAGGAACGAGCUAUUCUUCGUCACACACCGCGACGACACCAGAACUAGAGGCCACUUUACAAAUGCUUUCAUCUCAUCGCACGGUUCUGGGAGUGCUUUUGCUUUCGAGAGCCUCUCCGCCCGCCAUUAUUCGCCACUCCGGCGUCGUCUUCGAAGGCGAACAGGGUCGCAAGUAUGCAAAGGCCGUUGGGAGAAUAGUAGACGCGUGCAAGACAGGUUUAGAUGAUAUCGAUGGCGAGACGUCUGACGAUCUAAAGUUUAUGAGAAUACGGACAAAAAGACACGAGUUGAUGAUAUCUCCGGACGAACGGUUUCUUCUGGUAGUUCUACACGAUCCUACAGCUAGUUUGCAUUCUUCGCAUUCUCAAAAGUUGGACCUUACCCUCCCUUUCGACCGAAAAGCUAUACCACUCUUACCCUUUAAAAUGAGUGAAGGAGAUCCCUCGAGCCACAGCCCUCAGCGACGUCGUAUUAUGAGAUAUGCAGCUAUUGGAUUCGGACUAUCUCUCGUGGCUCUACCUGUUGGAUUUCUACUUUGGCGUUCUUCAAAUAGCGCGUCUCGAGUCCAACCGACCAUUCGAACCGCGCGUGCGCCGCCGGCACGAAGGAUAGCUACUCGCAAUACCCCAAUAAGUACUGCUACCACUCAAGGAGAGCAUAUUCCAUCUAUCAAUGUGCCAAACAGUCGUGCAAUGGUCAAAGAAUAUCUCGCAGAAGGCGACGGCAUCCGUUCGUACAUGCCCCGACGCGAAGAAAUCACGCAAAGUACCGCUUGGCUCGCUUUUCGGUCAUUCUCUAUUGCUACACUUGGUGUACUCGGUGUCUUUGGCGUUGGCACAGGCGUAGUUGUCUGGACGUGGGAUAUUAAGAGCGUAAGGAGUAUUCAAGGGAUCUUUUGA